AUGGCAUUACCACCACCAUUAUCAGCUAAAAAUGAAAAAUCAUUUGCUUAUAAUACCGUGAAAGAUCGUCUUCCAAUUAUUGUUACACGUAUCGUGGAUUUUCUUGCACGACAACAUGGAAAGAUUAUUAAAGAAUAUGGUGAUGUAGCAGAAAAUGAAUGUAAAUCAUGUAUUAGUGCAAUGGAUAAAUUACGAUAUGAAAUUGCUCGAGAUAAACCUAUCUUAUUAUUAAAUGAUAAUUAUACUGAUGAUGUUCAUUUAUGGAAUGAAUGUCUUCAAAAAGAAAUGGAUCAAGGCAAAGUAAUUAGUUGGUUUCAAAGUAGUUGGCUUCUUGUUGAAUGUUAUAUGUAUCGAAAGAUUGCAGAAGCAUUUUUUCUUACAACACAUUUACAACAUAUUGAUCCAUUUAUUGAAAUGAAGCAAAAUAAUUUUCAUUUAUCUUCAAAAGCGACAGAUAUACUUCUUGCUCAAUUGAAUACAGAUGUUGAUCAAAAAAUUGAUCUUAUGAAUAAUAAAUCAACUAUCGAACAACAAUUUUACAAUUAUAUGGAAAUUUCUCUCUGGGGUAAUGCAUGUGAUUUAUCAUUAUCAGCAGGUGCUGAAUGUUCACAGGAACAUGAUCCAUUUCAUCAGAUAACUGAACUUAAAUCACAUAUAUUAAUGAAUCAUCAAACAUCUGUCUUUAAUUAUCUUUAUGAUCAACAAGCAUAUUUAUUAAAUUUUGAUGUUUGUAUUGAUUUUGUUCUUGAUAAUGCUGGUUUUGAACUUUUAACUGAUUUAUGUUUUGCUGAUUUUCUUAUAUCAAAACGUUUAUGUUCACGUAUUAUAUUACAUUUAAAAUGUUUACCAUGGUUUGUAUCUGAUGCAACUAAAAACGAUUUUCAAUGGCUUUUAGAACAAUUAAAUAAAUCAUCAUCAAAUCCCGUAUGGCAAAUAGCCUCAAAACGGUGGAAAGAAUAUAUGCAAAAUGAUCAAUGGAUAAUUCAAACACAUCGAUUUUUUACUUUACCAUACGAUUAUUCAUAUAUGCAACAAAUUUCUCCAGAGCUUUAUUGUACAAUGUCACAAUCAAAAUUAAUUAUAUUUAAAGGUGAUUUAAAUUAUAGAAAAUUAGUUGGUGAUCUUCAAUGGCCAUUAAAUGAACGAUUUGAAACAGCAUUACGUGGUUUUCAACCAACAUCAUUAGUUGUUUUAAGAACAUGUAAAGCAGAUGUACAAGUUGAAAUCGAGAAAAAAUUAGUAGAGCAAGUUAGUAAACUUGAUCCAAAAUGGAUGACAAAUGGUAAAUGGGCUGUUAUACAAACAUUUUUUAAGAAAACAACUUGA